ACUGUGUAUGAGCAAGGAGUGUUUUCAAAAGGAGAAGGAGGCAGAGUCAUCGAUUUGAUACGAAGAAGGAAAAGGAAAAGGCGAUGGAGGAAGAACAAGGUAAGCAAGCACCUGAGCUUCACCUCCUUCCUCAUCCAUCAACCUCCGAUAAACCCGCCGCCACCAGAACCAGGCCAAAGCGUUUCGUGAAGAACCAAAUCCCCGAUUCAAUCCUCAACGACCCUCUCCUCAACGCCGCCAUAUCCAUUCUCCCUUCCAACUACAGCUUCGAAGUCCACAAAUGCGUCUGGCGCGUCCUCUCCACCGGAGCCAAGCGCGUCGCUCUCCAGUUCCCUGAAGGUCUCCUCAUGUACUCUCUAGUUCUCUCUGACAUCUUCACCACCUUCGCCGCCGUCUCCCACUGCUUCGUCCUCGGUGACGUCACCUACGGCGCCUGCUGCGUCGACGACUUCUCCGCCGUCGCUCUUGGCGCCGAUCUGCUCAUUCACUACGGCCACAGCUGCCUAGUCCCCAUCGAUUCCACCACCAUCCCCUGCCUCUACGUCUUUGUCGACAUCAAAAUCAAUCUCGACCACUUAGUCGACACAGUCAGGAUGAACCUUGAUGGCAUAACCAGCGUCGUCCUCGCCGGCACGAUUCAGUUCGCUUCUGCAAUUCGGGCUGCGAAGCCUGAGUUGGAGAAAUUAGGGUUUAGGGUUUUGGUCCCGCAAUCGAAGCCGCUCUCCGCCGGCGAGGUUCUCGGCUGCACCGCGCCCAAGGUGGCGGUGAAUACCUUUGAUGAUAGUAAUGAGAGUGUUUUGGUGUUUGUAGCGGAUGGGAGGUUUCACCUUGAGGCGUUCAUGAUAGCGAAUCCGGCAAUGAAGGCUUUUAGGUAUGACCCCUAUAUGGGGAACUUGUUUCUGGAGGAAUAUGAUCAUGUGGGCAUGAAGAGAUCGAGGAAAGAUGCGAUUUCGAAAGCAAAAGGGGCUAGGAAUUGGGGUGUUGUUUUGGGGACAUUGGGGAGGCAAGGGAAUCCAAAGAUUUUAGAGAGGUUGGAGAAGAAGAUGAGGGAUAAAGGGUUGGAUUAUACUGUGGUUUUGAUGUCUGAGAUAAGCCCUACGAGGAUCGCUCUGUUUGAGGACUCUCUUGAUGCUUGGAUUCAGAUUGCUUGUCCUCGGUUAUCGAUUGACUGGGGUGAUGCAUUUGGAAAACCAGUGCUUACUCCUUUCGAGGCAGAGAUUGCGCUUGGUGUCAUACCUGGUUGGUGGGAGAAAACUGAGGUGUUGAAACAGGAUUGUGAAGAUGGUGGUGCAGAUUGCAAGAAGAGUGACUCUUGCGUUGAUUGUGGUUGCGGAGAUGUAAAAGGAACGGAAGAUUUUGGCGGAGAUUAUCCGAUGGACUACUAUGCUCAAGAUGGCGGCGAGUGGAAUUCCUCUUAUGUCAAGAAAUCUUCUCGUCCUUCAAGGAAAAUUUCUGUAUCUCCUGUUGCUAAUAGUGUCAUUUCCAGUUAGUAUUGAAUUUGCUUAGUUACAAAGCUUAGAGGCAAAAGGGUAGGAAUCAAUAGCUUAUUUUCAUUAUAAGGCAAAUUUUGCUCUCUUGGUACCCCAUCAAUGUUUGGGGGGAAAGAAGUCCUCUUAAUUAUAUUGUGCAAUAUGAAGCAAUUAUAAGGAACUAUUUAUGCAAUAUGAAGGUCCCUGCUCCAGAUAUAACCAA